UUCUCAAUUUGUGCAACAAUGAGUGGAAGAGGUAAAACCGGCGGCAAAUCAAGAGCGAAGGCCAAGACUCGGUCAUCCAGAGCGGGUCUUCAGUUUCCCGUUGGCCGUGUUCACAGGCUUCUUCGCAAGGGUAACUACGCUCAUCGCGUCGGUGCCGGAGCUCCAGUGUACCUCGCCGCUGUUCUCGAGUAUCUCACCGCUGAGAUCCUGGAGUUGGCUGGAAACGCCGCUCGGGACAACAAGAAGAGUCGAAUCAUUCCCCGCCAUCUGCAGCUGGCCGUGCGUAACGACGAGGAGUUGAACAGACUUCUGGGCCGCGUGACCAUUGCUCAGGGUGGUGUGUUGCCCAACAUCCAGGCGGUUUUGCUGCCCAAGAAAACCGACAAACCCGCUAAGGCCAAGUAA